CUGGAGCACCGCGACAUGGCGAGUGGUCACCGCCUCCUGCUGGAGAACGCGCGGCAAGUGGUGCUAGUGUGCGCGCGCGGGGAGCGCUUCCUGACGCGGGCCGCGCUGCGCAGCCUGGCGGUGCUGGAGGGCGCCAGCCUGGUGGUGGGCACAGAUGGGUUUAUAAAAGCCAUUGGCCCUGCUGAUGCUAUCCAAAGACAGUUUUCUGAAGAAACUUUUGAAGAAAGAAUCGACUGUUCCGGGAAAUGUAUUUUACCAGGUUUGGUGGAUGCACACACACACCCAGUUUGGGCUGGUGAGAGAGUUCACGAGUUUGCAAUGAAGUUGGCAGGAGCAUCCUACAUGGAUAUUCACCAGGCUGGAGGAGGGAUCAACUUCACGGUGGAGUGCACUCGCCAAGCCUCUGAAGAUGAGCUGUUCGACUCUUUCCAGCAGCGGCUUCUGUGCAUGAUGAGGGCUGGGACCACGCUGGUGGAGUGCAAGAGCGGAUAUGGCCUCAACCUCCAAACUGAACUUAAGAUGCUGCGCGUAAUUGCGCGCGCCGGGCGGGAGCUAGACGUCAGCAUUUCGGCCACUUACUGCGGGGCUCACUCGGUGCCCAAAGGAAAAACUGCUACUGAAGCUGCUGAUGACAUCGUCAAUAACCACCUCCCAAAGCUGCAGGAACUUGGCGGAAGUGGGGAAAUACACGUUGAUAAUAUAGAUGUGUUCUGUGAAAAGGGUGUCUUUGACCUCAGUUCCACCAGAAGGAUUCUUCAAGGUGGAAAAGACAUAGGGCUGCAGAUUAACUUCCAUGGGGAUGAACUCAACCCAAUGAAGGCUGCCGAGCUCGGGGCUGAACUGGGCGCCCAGGCAAUCAGCCACCUGGAAGAAGUCAGUGAUGAAGGCAUUGCUGCCAUGGCAACAGCCAGGUGCGCUGCUGUUCUUCUGCCCACCACGGCCUACAUGCUGAGACUGAAGCAGCCUCGAGCCAGAAAGAUGUUAGAGGAAGGAGUAAUAGUUGCUCUAGGAAGUGAUUUCAACCCUAAUGCGUAUUGCUUUUCAAUGCCAAUGGUCAUGCACUUGGCCUGCGUCAACAUGAAAAUGUCCAUGCCGGAGGCCUUGGCUGCUGCUACCAUCAAUGCCGCUUAUGCCCUGGGAAAAUCUCACACACAUGGAUCUCUGGAAGUUGGCAAACAGGGAGACUUUGUAAUCAUCAAUUCCUCCAGAUGGGAGCACUUGAUUUACCAGUUUGGAGGCCAUCAUGAACUAAUUGAAUAUGUUAUAGCUAAAGGAAAAGUGAUCUAUAAAAAAUGA